AUGGUCGACAUCAGCUUCAUCAUCGUUGUGGUGCUUCUGCUUGGAGCAUCUACCGGAAACUGCAAAGCUCAAAUAGUGUCUGAUUGUGUACGCAGUACUCCAGAAUCGGCUAGAAAUAUAGUGUGCGAUGUCCGGCAGUACCGCGCAGUAAGGACACCUGAAUCGGAUCGCUACGUAAAGUGUGCCCUAACUGCUCUCGGAUUUGUCGACGAGGCUGGAUCCGUUCAGAGAAACGUUGUCCUGGUGGCUUUGGACGCUGUUGAGACCCAUGACGGUGUGUACACCGACAGUGUGGAUGUUUGUCUCUCUAGAUCGAGAAAGCUUCCCGGAGCGGAACGACCAGGCGCUUUCUACUUCUGCAUGCUUCAGACAGAAUCGGCACAAAACUUCCAGGACGCGCUCGAGCUGCAAGAACUGAAAACUGCAUCCGAGUGGGCUCAAAGUGAGCUGUUCGAUCGGGCCAAAGUCCAGCAGAAGAUGAGAGAAAUGAACAGCAAAUUGCAGUGUAAAUAA